UGACGCACUUGACAGCCCGUUUCGGGCGCCGCGUCAGCUGAUCUUGGAGUCGCGCUGCGUGCCGGCUGGUUUGGGUUCCUGGGUCCCACCGCCCCCCACUCCCCCCGCGGUGCAGUCAUGUCGUUCUUCCCGGAGCUUUACUUCAAUGUGGACAAUGGCUACUUGGAAGGACUAGUGCGCGGCCUGAAGGCCGGGGUGCUCAGCCAGGCGGACUACCUCAACCUGGUGCAGUGCGAGACGCUUGAGGACUUGAAGCUACACCUGCAGAGUACUGACUAUGGCAACUUCUUGGCUAAUGAGGCAUCACCUCUGACAGUGUCAGUCAUUGAUGACCGGCUCAAGGAGAAGAUGGUGGUAGAGUUCCGCCACAUGAGGAACCAUGCCUAUGAGCCACUUGCCAGCUUCCUGGACUUCAUUACCUACAGCUACAUGAUUGACAACGUGAUCCUGCUCAUCACAGGCACACUGCAUCAGCGCUCCAUCGCUGAGCUUGUGCCCAAGUGCCACCCACUAGGCAGCUUUGAGCAGAUGGAGGCCGUGAACAUCGCACAGACACCUGCUGAGCUCUACAAUGCUAUUCUGGUGGACACUCCCCUGGCGGCUUUUUUCCAGGACUGCAUCUCAGAGCAAGACCUUGAUGAGAUGAACAUCGAGAUCAUCCGUAACACACUCUAUAAGGCCUACCUAGAGUCCUUCUACAAGUUCUGCACCCUAUUGGGCGGGACCACAGCUGAUGCCAUGUGCCCCAUUCUAGAGUUUGAAGCAGACCGCCGCGCCUUCAUCAUUACCAUCAACUCCUUCGGCACAGAGUUGUCCAAGGAAGACCGUGCCAAGCUCUUCCCACACUGCGGGCGCCUCUACCCUGAGGGCUUGGCUCAGCUGGCUCGGGCAGAUGACUAUGAGCAGGUCAAGAAUGUGGCUGAUUAUUACCCAGAGUACAAGCUGCUUUUUGAGGGUGCAGGCAGCAACCCUGGAGACAAGACCCUGGAGGACCGGUUCUUUGAGCAUGAGGUAAAGCUGAACAAGUUGGCCUUCCUGAACCAGUUCCACUUUGGUGUCUUUUAUGCUUUUGUGAAGCUCAAGGAGCAGGAAUGUCGCAACAUUGUAUGGAUUGCUGAGUGCAUAGCCCAGCGCCACCGCGCCAAGAUCGACAACUAUAUUCCCAUCUUCUAGCAUCCUGACCUCACUCAAGUGCACGAUGUGUAUUUGUGUGUGCUGUGAUGAAGCCCAUGGCUCACCUGGUAUGGGUGGGGGAGGGGGAGGCUCCAGAGGGUAGCACCUUGUCCUAGGGGCUGCCCAGGUUCUCUGACCCCCUCUGGGACUGCUUUUAAGCCUGAAAAGGGGCUAUUGACCAGGAAUGGACCAACACUCACCCCCACUCCCCCUGCGAGUAAUGAGUCCCCCUUCAGCCCUAUGUUUACAGCCACUAACAUGUCUCAGAAGCAUGUGGUCACUUUCAUGUAUCUCCCUGAUUUAGAAUCCCUGGGAGUAGUGUGAGCUUCCUCCUCUGUCUGAGGGUCAGCCCCAGAGUCAUGGCCCAUGGCAAAGAUAGUAUGUGUGUCCUUGGGAUGUUGGGUAACUAGCUCUGCAGCACCCUUCCUCAACUGUCACUGAAACAAUAAAACUGCCCUCCCUA